UUGAUUUUCUCCUGAAUAACGGGCUUCAGAAGCCUGUUUGUUUCAUUUCUCCGUUUCUGAAAUAUGCUAACAGUCGCCACACUGUUUUAUGAUUUCUCAGCCUCUGCAUGGUCUCAUUCAUGCUUCUUGGGUCAGGGCGUUCUGGAACUCAAGCCAACAUGGGCAAUGGCCUGGAAUGACGGGAAUUGUAGUCAGACAACAUCCAGAGGGCCACAAGGCAGUUUCUAGCUGUGCUACCCUGGUCUGUAUCCUGUGCCCGACUCCAGCAACAAAAAUCAGAAGCUGGGGACGGGACAAGCCCUUCUCUGGAAAGCAGCUUCUUAGAAGGAGAAAGGUUGCACUAUGUGGACCAGAAACUUGAUAAACUUGCAACGUUGUCCUCUUUUCCAUGUUCCUCCUCAUGGUUAGGCUUAUUCUUAGUCAUGUUUUUCCAAAUGCUAGUAAUAAGCAUAUUGAAAGAUUUUUAAAACAGCCAAAGGGUGAAUUACUAAACAGCAUUUUAAAAGCAUUUCUGUUUUCAGGAACUACAGUGAUGAACAGCUGCAAACAGUUGUGUGUGCAGCCUGGACUCCUUUUGGGAAAAGCGUUACCACAAAUGCAGCUUUCUGAGCUACUCUGAAUGUCCCUUUCAAACGUUCCAGCAAUUCUCCAGUUGUGGAACUUUAUAAUAAAACCAGUCGUGAGUGAUCCUGAACUCCCCUGGGUGGCACCCUUGGAGAAAUGGCAGAGAAGGUGAACAACUUCCCACCACUUCCAAAGUUUAUCCCUCUGAAGCCAUGCUUCUACCAGAACUUGAACGAUGAGAUUCCAAUAGAUUACCAGCUGAUUGUGAGAAGAAUCUAUCAACUCUGGAUAUUUUACUCCAUCACACUGGUAGUGAAUCUGGUUGCCUGCCUAGCCUGGUGGAUUGGUGGUGGCUACGGGAUCAACUUUGGCUUGGCUAUGCUAUGGCUUGCACUUUUCAGCCCUUGUAGUUAUGUCUGUUGGUUCCGCCCAGUCUACAAGGCCUUUCGGUCAGACAGCUCCUUCAAUUUCAUGCUCUUUUUCUUCCUUAUGGGAAUGCAGUUGCUACUGUCUAUCUUACAAACGAUUGGAUUCAGCGGUUGGGGAGCUUGUGGUUGGAUGUCUGCCGUGCUGUUCUAUAGUACUAAUGUUGGGGCUGCCGUAAUAAUGACUUUCUCGGCGAUGAUGUUCACUAUAUCAACAGUUGUGAUGCUUUUCUGCCUAUUCCGCGUACACCAAAUCUACCGCGGCGGAGAAGGAAGCCUUCAGAAGGCACAAGAUGAAUGGCAGAGGGGCUUGUGGAGGGACCCCCCAAGCCGCGAAGACCAAAUCAACAACUUCUCAGGAAACAGCCUUCCAGCCUACCCCACGGUCCCCACUUACCCCAGUAUCAACCGAUGGCCCUAACCUGACCCGUCGGGCUUGAUGGAUGGUUCUGUUUUGGGAUGGUGCAAAACUCUAUCGCAGGUUUGGGGCGUGUUCUUUUUGUUGUUGUUCUUGGGAAAGUAUGGUUUUGUGUUCUGUGCAUCAUCCCAUCCCGACCCUGGUUAUAUUGUGUGAUUUCUUUUGGCCAACUUCACAAGCUCUGGGUUCCAUUUACAAAACUCUUGCGUUGCCUCUUGGAAUUGUGGAGAAGCAGGUGCUGCCACUGUUUCGACCCAGUCUGUGCCAACAUACAGGGCUGCCAUCCAUCUUCCUACGUAACUGUAGAAAGAAAGAAGUACAUAAGCAUAUCUCAGCCAGCUUUGCCACUUCAUGUACCAGUGACGUUUCCACUGCACCCUGCAGAAGUCCUUGUGACCCCGAACCUCCCUGUGGGGCUGAAUUGUGGCCCCGCAGGCAUUCUAGUUCCUUUCUCUUGGGACUUGGAGCAGGGAUGCCCAGUUUGUGUACUGCCGGAGCAGCACCCGCAAAGGCCACACAAUACAUCAAUUUCGGAAAGAUGGCUAUUGCCAGAGAACGCUCCUUUUUCUUGGGAAAUGCAGCAUUCUCACCAGCUUCCAAAUUUUGUGGGGGAUUAUUUUACAUCCAUGCAGGAAAAAAAGUUGUACUUCUUGCCUAAAUAUGCAGGGCAUUUUUUUCCCAAGAGACUUUGCAAGGUACAUGGAUACAUACCUUGAGCACUAUUGAUUUCAUGUUUGUUCAUGAAAGGUCUCCUUUUUUUAUGAACUGUAUGACUACAAGAAAUAUUUUUGGAAGUUUCUCACACUUGGGAGUAAAAAUAGCAAUGUGAAGCACUUCAUUUGGGUCUGGGGGACGACGAGACUGUGGGGACCAGUCACUGAGACAUGUGCCUUAACAUGGAAGCCUCUUCCAUUUUCCUCCCUUCAGGUUCCCCGUCUCAGAUUUUGUUUACACUUAAGGGUUCUCUUUCCUCACUUAAAACUGACAUCUUGUAAGUACAACGUAUGAUUCAGUACUUUCUCUCUGUAUCUCCAGGAAAUUUUGCAUGGAUAUGUUAACAGAUGAGCCAAAGAGAGAAAAUGCUGUUAGCACAGGAGGGCAAACACCUCCAAACUUUAUUUUGGAAUUGGUAGGGUGUGCACGCACACGUGUCUUUCAUGUCCCAAAUCCAGUCUGUUUACAGGCCUUCUGAGAUCUCAUAAAACAUUCCAAAAAAAACCUUAGGAGUGGGUCUUUAGCAUGACUGGUUUUUGCUCUGACUUAGACGAAAGCUUGAAACCGCCUUGGAAGUAUAAUAAGUGUCACUGUCCACUUGGGCAGCUUUGUCUUUGCCUUAAUUGUACUUCUCCUUACGUGAAAGCUGCCGGCAGACUUUCAGCGGUUUGCAUUCAGCCCUCUGAGAAUCACUGAGCACUGAUGUAGGCCAAAUAUCACGGUACCCUUUUCGAGGCUGCCGCGUGGACAGUCACUAGGACCCUGGAUACGUAGCCUGGGCUGCUGGCGAUUUUUAUGUGCCGGAGAAGCCCUUUUAGAGUGCAUCCUCUACCAGGUUGCCAGCUGUGCCAUGACAGGCAAACGCUUCUCAGUUUACACAGCCAUCCCUUCUGUUUUUUGCGUGCUCUCCUUCCCAUUUUGGCAGCUUUAAACUCCCAUUUCUGGCCAUGGAAGGGAUUUGUGGGUUAGGAAUCAAGACCUUCUUGGGAAGACUUUGCCAACUACCAGUUUCUAACUUCUGGUGGGAUUUUCUGUGUUACAUUUUAGGGAGGUCACUUCCCUGCAUACCCGGAAAAAAUUCUAACCCACAAUGGGGAGCCUUGCAGAGCUUGGAUGCAGACCUGCUGGUCACUUCAUCCAGUACAUAAUAGGAGCUCCUACAUCUGGGAACAAAGAGCAUAGCUGGCAAAGACCUGCCAAAGAGUUGAGCAGAGCAGGAAAGGUUAGCCAAAGAGCUCUGCACAUGUUUGGGAGCAGAUUCUGCGCUACAACCCUUGUCCUGCCAUGGCUCUGCCCACACUACAAAUGGCAGACCCGUUUUUGCUUUUUUUUGGUUCUUAGCUUGAGAUCUAAGAUCCACCAUCCACACCCUGCUUCAGAAUAACCCACCGCCAGUGACUGGUUUGCCCGCUAAUGUACAGCUUCCAAGAUGUCUUAAUAUGAUACUGACUCGGAUAUGUAAUGCCAUGUUUAUGCACUUCCUUUCUAAAGGGACUAACUUUGUUUCGGGGUGAGACAGGGCAGGGGAGCAGAAUGAAUUCUACUUGCCUGCUGCUUAUUCUGCAUUGUGCUGUGUAAAUCAAUUUGCAUUGUAUUACCAUUGCCUUAUGCUCCCACCCAAUAACAAUAAAUGAACUUCACUUAUUGAAAGCACAGUAUAAA